AAUGAGAACCGAAUGGAGGAGAGCAAAGCACUCUUUAGAACAAUUAUAACAUACCCCUGGUUCCAGAACUCCUCUGUGAUUCUGUUCUUAAACAAGAAGGAUCUUCUAGAGGAGAAAAUUAUGUAUUCCCACCUAGUCGACUACUUCCCAGAAUAUGAUGGACCCCAGAGAGAUGCCCAGGCAGCUCGGGAAUUCAUUCUGAAGAUGUUCGUGGACCUGAACCCCGACAGUGACAAAAUCAUCUACUCCCAUUUCACAUGCGCCACAGAUACCGAGAACAUCCGCUUCGUCUUUGCUGCCGUCAAGGACACCAUCCUGCAGCUGAACCUGAAGGAGUACAAUCUGGUCUAACCGUGCCUCCCAGACACCAUUCUUCCCUUCCCUGUGGGCUGUUGAAGUAAACAAGAGGGACUGUAUUUCUGUGGAAAACAAUUUGCAUAAUACUAAUUUAUUGCCGUCCUGGACUCUGUGAGCGCGGCCACAGAGCUGUAGUAAAUAUUAUGAUUUUAUUUAAACUAUUCAGAGGAAACAGGAUGCUGAAGUACAGUCCCAGCACAUUUCCUCCUUUUUUAGGCAAACCUUGACUCGAUGUAUUUUAAAUUUUCAGUCAUUCACUCACAGUAUAAAAGCACUCCUGUCCUUCGUGUUCUCUCUCUCUCUCUCUCUCUCUCUCUCUCUCUCUCUCUCUCUCUCUCUCCCUCUCUCCCUCUCUCUCCCUUUCCUUCUUCCUCCUCCUCUUUCCUGUUGACCAAAACGAAGCUGGUUUUUUUCUUCCUACUCCUCAUCUCCCUGCUGAUUUUAUUUUCCCUCAUUACCACGGCCUUUACCCUAAUUCCAUUCUUGGGCAGUUUCUCUCUGAGUGAUGCGGUCAGGACGGUGUCAUUUAAUUGAAGCCGCCUUCCAUCAGCUUCCUUUACCAGUGGUUCUGCUGAAGGCAGGAGCAUAUGUAUUACUACUAUGGUUUAAAUGUAUCUCUGGAUGCACAUCACAUCUAGUAUUUCUUUUUCCAUACAUACAUACAUACAUACAUACAUACAUAUAUAUGGAUAAUAUAUAUAUAUUGUCUUGUCUCACUUGGACUAGGACAGUAGGUGCCUAUUGAUGGUUAAGAGUCAUGUCUUCUGGGUGCAGACCUUCAGCCACAGCUGGAUUGUUCAGAGAAAUGCAUGGAAGUCGGAGUGUGAGGGCACAGGCUGUGAAGAAGUCCUUGCUUCUCCGGUCGUGUGCCGCGUCCUUCAGCUCUUCCUUGCUUCCGUUUAUUUCUCUUUAGGUUUUUCGCCCUUUUUAAACCACAGAUGCCAAAUGAUAUGCCAACAGACACUACAUUCCCCAGCAGCUGCUGCCAGGGCUCUCUUGUAGCUUCUUGAUUUUCUGUUUGUUUCCAGCUUUCCUUUGCUCUGAUCUUCUUUUGUAUUUGGGCCAUAAUUUUAAAAUAAUUUUUAUUAUGGGUAUGUGUUGCCAAAGCCAGAUUUUUAUAAGGCAAAAUAAAUUAAGAAUUUAAACAGUAAAAGCCAGCGUCUCAAAAUGUCAGCAUUAAGACAGUGAGAGAGACGACAGCUGGGUGUGAACCGGAAACACACAUUGCCAAACAAUUGCUAACCGAGCUGCUGCUUCUCAUGGUCCGUUCUUUUCUUUGCCCUUAAGGUCAGUGCCAGUGUCCAGAUGAGCAGUGUAGAGAAGUACCCCGUGUGGUUUGUCAGGAGGUCUGCUUAUAUCUCUUUACUGGCGCUAGUUUUAUUAACUCUUUAUGUUCUUUAAGUUUGAGUAAAUCUGCCAAGAACACUGGUUGAUAGUAUUAUCCUGAAACCUUUGAUUUGGGGGGAAAAUAGUGAGCUGUCUUUACUACCAUCAGGAUCUUGAAUCGGAAGAUUUGUGGGCUUAUUCAAAAGUCACCAGUCAGUGUUCCGUCAAGCAUGUAUUCAUGUGAUGAUCACACUAGGAGAGAUGUUUGGAAUUUCUCCAUGUGCAAUUUGUCAGCAGGUGCAUACUGUGCCGAACACGUGUGAGUGAGCCUGUCGAGCAGCCUGCAUCAGUAUGUGAUUUAAGUAGAUAGCGAGCACUCUAAGGCUGCUGGGAAGUUAGACCUCAAUGCUGGUCUCAUUAGCGCUUAACACUAAUCUCAACUUCCAUAUAAAUCACUUUUCUUGAAUAACAAAGCUGGGAGAGUGAACAGCUCUCUGUAUGAGCACUGAAAUUGCUGACUUGUGAUGAAGUGUUCUCUCCCGUCUUUCUUAUCCCUUGCUCUAGAAAGCCCCUGUAAUUUAAUCAACAGACUGCCUGUAGGUAUAGUGCAAUUAUGAAUGCUCUGAUUGUUGUACAUACAUCUCUCUUGAUAUUGCAACAUCCAUACUGGCUUUGUAAUCAUUAAUUUUUUGGCAGAUUGAAUGUGCUGUAUUGAUAUGUAUCUAUGUAAUUGUAUUGUAUGUCUUAUAGCUAAUUCACAUUUUGAAUAAUGUUAUUUUAUUUACUUUUUUAAGAGAGGAGAAUGUAAAUUUGUCAGUUUAUUUCUGACUAGGGAUAUUUUUUUCCAUUUAGAAAAGAAGAAAAAAAAACCCUUACUAUCGUACAGAGCGGUACUAGCAUCGUGCUGUCUAAAAUCAUUUGCACAUUCCUGAGUAGAGGUGUGCUGACCUAAGACCCAAAGGUAAUUUCAUAGCAAACACAACAUCUGUCAGAGCUUUUAUACAAACACAGAGACCAACUUUGUAGACCUUUUGCCAUUUGACCUGGGGUUGGAAUAUGAGCUUUUAUACGAUUCAUAUUCUUAUUUGGCAAAUGCACAGUUUAGCAUUACCUCUCUGGUGGCCUUUAUUAGAAAGGCAGUUUUAGAAGCUAUUGUGACCCACUAAGGAAAUGUUUUAUCAGCUAGAGACCACUGCUUGCCUGAAAGGGCAACCUUAAAUUUGGUGCAGCAAAAAAAAAAAAAAACAAAAACAAAACAAAAAAAAAAACAAAAAACACAAAAAGACAAAAAAAGAAGAAAAAAGUAACAUUUGAUGGCCUGCAGUGUAUAGAGAAAACCUCAUCCCAUGAUCAUAAGUGUUAACAGUCCUAAGGAACGGAGCUGUUCUGUCUAAUAGAGCUGUAGUGGAUGUAGUUGAGCCAUGCUGAUAUCAAGCUCAGAGCUGCUGAGUAAAGCAGGGAGAGGUAGCCACGUUGUCUUUAUGAAUUGAGGAUGCAGCUUGCUGUGCAGAGUUGAAGUCUGUGGCCUCACUGCGCAUCCUGGGGUGCAUGACAGGAUCCCUUCUUUUGAGAAAGGAAAACAUUGAUCACCCUAGCUGCAGUGAUGCCUGGACACCUAAUUGUAUCCACACUAGUCAAUGAAGCUAAAACUAAUUUCGUUGUUGUUUCUCGUUUGGGGUUUUAUUGACGGGGCGAGGGGCGGGAAGGGCUUCUCAGUUUUGUACAAAAACAAAGUUUACUCAUGCUUUCUCUUCUAUUGUGAUAGCAAGCGUUCCCGUUGUCGACGCUCUAAGUAAUGGGGGCUUGUGAUGAGCGUUAUGGUGACUUGGGCAUGUCUUACUCAGAAGCAAAACACAGACCACAGAAACCUUUCCUCAGCAUACCAAGGCAAGCAGCCAUCUCAUGAGUCACUCAGCACAUGAGUGUGCCGUUUACAGAUGAUGUCUCCCUUUUGUGUGUGAUGCGGCAGUUCCCACCCACAGAGAAUUCCUAUUUGUAAAUUGGAGGUUUAUACUAUGCCUUACAGAGCUUAAAUUCAGAAGUCUGUGCCUCAUGUCUGAAACAAAGGGAAAACACACGCCCCUGUACAGUCAGUCAGUCUUACAGAGCCUGUUGGAUUUUCCUUAUCGUUUCCUUGGGAAGAGCUCUGUUGAGGGUCCUGAGUAGCUGAGAAACUCUUCUUAGGAACCUGUGUAUGGUGUUUACUGGCAGGUGGCAUCCACAGCGAUAUUUAAAGAACACCUGGAACUUGGGGGCUUGGGGGUUUGGUUUGGUUUGGUUUCGUUUAGAUUACAUUAGCAGGCCUAAUCGUUUUAAAAGGUAAUUCAGCCAAAGGGCAAUUUACUUUUUGUACUUCAGACUUAUAUUGAUUGUCAAGUUGUACGAAUUGUAAUUUAAAAAUUUAUACUGCCACAUGAUUGUAAAUUUUAGUUGUCUUAAGUAGGAAUUGGUGAAAAGCUGUUUAUGCUGGAUUUGGGUCAAAAUGACUUGAUUAUUUGCAAAAAAAUAAAAAUAAUAAUGGGAAGAAAGGGCUGCAUAACAAGACACCGCAAGACUCAGAUCCCCUCAGAUGACCCCCAGCGCCCCUUUGUUUUCAGUUUCUCAAAAGAACGAAUGAAGUGAAAUAUAGCAGAAUGUUAACCCAUAUAAAAAUAAAGUGUACCCAAAUAUUGUAAUGUA